CGAUUCAUCUCCGCUACCGUUUCUUCCUCUCAAUCUCCCAACUUCAAAAAUUCCCCAAAAUUUGAUCUUUUGUGCCCCCAUCACCAGUAGAUCUCUCAAUUCUUCACAACCAAUUCUGAUUCGGUCAUUCAGACUAAUUUUUUUGGCUUAAUGAAUUCGUAAAAUUUUGAUGAGAUUCUUGAAGAUUAUACAGCUGAAAAGUGGUCAAUUGUGGUCCAAAAGCCGAAUUUCUUUUUGACAUUUUCAGACAAUCCCUGAAAAGUCUUGAUCUAGAUGUGGUUUUAGUUUCGUUGAGCUACAGGAGAUGUAUAUUUUUGAAUAAAGUUCGUGUUUUUAUUUGAUUGAAUUUGAAUAGCUGGCUCUGGGAAAUUGAGGGCUUUGCACAGUUUUGAAGGCUUAUUUUGAUGGCUGUGGAUGGAUUAGUUGAGCUUAAAUUUAGGCUUGCUGAUGGCAGUGAUAUUGGGCCGAGCAAGUAUAGCUCUGACACAACUGUCACUACUCUCAAAGAAACAAUCAUUUCACAAUGGCCCCAAGAUAAAGAAAACGGACCUCAGUCCAUAGACGAAAUAAAGCUCAUUAACGCUGGGAAGAUACUAGAAAACGACCGAACACUCGAUGAAUCACGAACUCCUCUAAGUGAAGUUCAAGGAGACGCUAUCACAAUGCUUGUCGUAGUGCAGUCUCCUCUUCCAAACAAACACAGUGAUAAAUUGCAGCAUGAAUCCCAUCAAAAGACCGGAUGCUCGUGCUCGAUCAUGUAACGUGUUUGGCAGGGCCGAAUCAAUGUCGUUUACAGGCAUUUUACAUCGUUUUACAAGCAUUUUCCAAGCGUUUUACUUUAUAUGAUUUCAGUUUCAGGCAAAGAUGUGAAUUUUAGAGCA